UUAUACAAGCGAUGCGAUUAUUUCAGGAACCAAAUGAGUUUGAGGAACGCUGGCUCGUGUGAUCCAAAACAGUAACUCUGUUAGGGCGCACCCAACCUCCUUCCAAAGACUCUCUGCUUAUGCAACGACACAAAAUAAUACAACCUCAGGAGGGGGGCGUAAAAGCACUGCCAGCAUAUGAGACACCAGGCUGGAGGAAGACGCUGAAUCAAGGCAAGGAGAGUUUGGAAAUGUCAAGUCCGUGGUCGGUAUUAGAGUUUAGAGCGCGCCUCGCACAUCCAAUCAGUAAGCUGGAGUCAGCUGAGCCUCUGUCGGAGUUGUUUGGAGUCUGAGCUCGGUGCCACACUGUGCGUAAAAUCUACCUGUCAGACGCGGCAGCGGUGCCAUGGCGAGCAGAGCUCCGCGAGCAAAGUCCGUUCUCCUCGCGCGCCCGGAAUAAAUUCAUUUUCCACGGAUGCCAUAUGUUGUAUGACUUGCUACGAUGGCAGUUUACCCAAAGUGAUAACGUGAAGCAGGAAGGAACGUCAGUCCGACUAUAAAGAGUCAGUUUGCGCCGAGGAACGAUGCUGAGCAAAGCUACGGGAGGAUUUCACAUCAAGCUACUGGACUGCCAAAUCUUCUUUGGACCUCCCCCUCUGAUCCUCUAGACAUUUGAGCGUGCCAUCAUGGAGAGCCUCAGCGAGCUCCAGAACCCCCUGCUCGACAAAACCAGCAAACACGUGGUGAACAACGAUUACCAGGGUUACCAGUGCGACUACCCGAGCCAGCCUUACCAGGACAGCCUCAUUGGGUACUACUACACCGGGACUAAUGGCAAGCAUAAGACUCAGCAGUACCUGGAUGCUACAUCCCUGCAUCUGGCUGUAGAAGCUUUCUACAGACCAAACUUUAUUCUGUACAAGGAUGACGUGAGUCUGCAUAGCAAGGACUCCAAGAGUGAGAGCUUUGAGACCACGUUCACGGAGAGUAAGGACACAGUGGCGGACGCAGUUUCUACAGAAAACAACCUGGACAGCACACAGGGAGAGAAGGACACGAAGAUCCAGACGGUGUCGUACGAUGUGGAGGAGGAGCAGGGUCCUGAGUACGAGAGUGACAGCUCCAGUGACAGUGAGAGCGAGGACAACUUCAUCGUGCUACCCCCUCGGGACUACCUGGGCCUCGCCAUCUUCUCCAUGCUCUGCUGCUUCUGGCCCUUGGGCAUCGUUGCCUUUUACUACUCUCACAAGACUGGCAAGGCCAUCUCCAAGGGAGACUUCUCCAGAGCAGGAAUGAGCUCCAGAAGAGCCCUGUUCCUGGCUGCUCUAUCCAUCACUGUCGGGACAGGGAUGUAUGUGGGGGUGGUGGUCGCCCUCAUAGCCUACCUGUCCAAACCUGGACAUGUAUAGCACUAGGACAGGUUAUAUAGAAUGGAAGACAAGGCAAAAUCGGAGGAAAAGGAAAAGACUGGGUUGAAAAAAUCGCUUCAACUGUCUUAAAAGCGGGGGCUGUCUGCGAAAAGAAAAGAUAGAGAAAACAAGAUGAGUGGAUGGAGCAUCACUUGGACUGCAUAUUGAUCUGACUGAAUCUUUAUUUCUGGGAUGAAACACACCCACAGAGGUAUUCCACCACCACAAUAACAAAGAAGAGCAGACAGUGCAGAGAAAGAUGACUGCUCUUCCACAAAGACUGUGCUGUACUUACAUGAAAAAACUCUGCUCAUUAAAAUGAAGAACUACCUACCUUUCGCCAUAGUCGCUGACAGCAGUUUUAUUUUACCUUAAUAGUAGCUGUUUUCUCUGUCGAUGCCAUAACCGAUUGUGUAUUGUCCACUUUGUAAAGGAAUUUCUUGGGAAAACAGGCUACCAGGAGGUUUGUUCAACGAAUAUACCUGUUAUUGAUCAGUGACUAAACAGGAGGGAGUGGCCUCUUUCAGGAGAGGUCAAAGGUUAUUCUCAAAUUGUACACAAAUUUCCAGAGCAAUUGAUAGGACAGUAACUCGUGUUUAUUGUGAACUGUAAAUAUAGUCAAUAAAUACAUUUGGCAUGAAUGA